AAUAAGAAGAGGAAGAAGAAUGAGCAAUUAUUAAAAGCACGAACUACACUGAAAUUCGGCCAUAGAAGUUCAUGACGUCAAAUUUCAAUGCAGUGCUAAUGUCUUCGAGUUCUCUACCUCCACUGAAAUUAGAUUCCUGAUUGAAGUAAUACCGUUAUGCGUAUUUGCACAUUUCUACGAGAUUUCCACCAACAGGUCCGUCCCACCACGGUAAUCAUUACCACAGAGAGAGAAGAGAGAGAGAGAGAGAGAGAGCGUAAAAAGGAAGUGAUUAGAUAUGGAUGUGGAUAGAAGGAGAAGCGUGGUAGCAGGGUCUGUGUGGGAGAGCAGGAUGAAGAUUGACGAAGUGAGAGGUGGGAUGAAGGUCUUUAAAGGAGAAGAAGAAAGCUCAGAGGAAAGUGGGCCCUCUGCAACUAAUGUCGGUGGUGGUAGUGGCGGUGGCAGUACUUCAAGGUUAACGAGUGCCACAGUGGCCAGUAGUGGGAAGAGGAAGACAUGGAAAUCCGAAAGCUUUGAUGGGUUUGAAAAAGUUCCAUUUCAGAUAUCCAAACGAAAACCUGAGCCGCUGAAGAAUUCUGAGGAACAUUGCAAGGAGCUGACUGUUUCAGCUGAGGGAAUCAAGAAGAGCCCUGUUCAGGCCAGGAAACUGAGAUCUGAGGCAAGCAAGGAGGUUGGUGUUUCAGUUGAGAAAUUUGAGCGGAGCCCAAUUCAGAUGAGGAAGCCAAGAUCUGAACCACUCAAGGAACCCAAUUCUGCGCAAUUGAGGAAGGUGAAGUCGGACUCGGUUAAGGGUGCCGAAGGAAGUGGCAAUGGAACUGAACAGGUUAGUUCAACUCAGCUGAGGAAGGCCAAAUCAGAGUUAAGUCGAACUGUAGAUGAACCAGGGGAGGGAAUUGCUGAUGGGUCUGUUAAUGGAGGAACCGAGAAAAGUCCAGUUAAUGAAACUGGGACAGCUGGAUCUGAUGAAACUUGCAAGGAAUUCGGUGUAUGCCAAGAAAAGGUCAUAACUGGUCGAAGUGUGGUGAAUUAUGCUCCAGAGGUGGUGGCGAGCGAUGACGAGGGUGAUCUCGAUGUUGUUGAUGUAGAAGACGAAGAAGAGAUGGAUGAAGAAACUGAUAGUGAUGUUAAGAAAAUCAAUGUUCCAGAACCCAAGAAGGUUGUCGAUGAAGAGAAAAAGAUCGUCAAUGAAGAGAAGAAGAUUGUCAAUGACGAGAAGAAGAUUGUCAACGAACAGAAGAAGAUUGUCAAUGACGAGAAAAAGCCUGUCAAUGAAGAGAAGAAGAUUGCCACUGAAGAGAAAAAGCUUGUCAAUGAAGAGAGAAAGAUUGCCAAUGAACAGAAGAAGAUUGUCACUGAAGAGAAAAAGCUUGUCAACGAACAGAAGAAGAUUGUCAAUGAAGAGAAAAAGCCUGUCAAUGAAGAGAAGAAGAUUGCCAAUGAAGAGAAAAGGCUGCAUCAAGUUAGUAGAAAACCAGUGGUCAGUGUGAAACAGCCUCCACCGGUGGAAAGGCGUCGUACCUUGUACCAGGAUCUAUCAAAACCAACUCCAAGGAGCCAGAAUUUCUCAAAACCCACUACAAGUUCGUAUGAGUUUCAAACUUUUCCAGAAAGCCACAGCAAAUUGCAAAGUUUUGUGGACUUGAUAAUGUGGAAGGAAGUCCCAAGGUCGGCACUUGUCCUGCUAAUUGGAUCAUUUUUCAUACUCUCAUCUUCUUAUACAAAGGAUGUCAAUCUCAGUUUUAUUUCUGUGACUUCCUACAUGGGGCUUGUGUAUCUUUCAGCCAUAUUCAUAUAUAGGUCCCUCAUAUGCAGGGGUGUUGUAUAUACCGAUGAUUCAAGCUGUGUGCUGGGGGAACAAGAAGCAAUGUGGUUACUGAGAUUGGUUCUUCCGUACGUGAAUGAGUUGCUGUUAAAACUCAGAGCUCUUUUUUCAGGACAUCCUGAAACUACAAUGAAGCUGGCAGUACUGCUCUUUGUUUUGGCCAGGUGUGGCAGCUGCUUAACAAUUUGGACUGUGAUUAAAUUGGGUUUCUUGGGAGUUUUCACUGUACCAAAGCUCUGUUCAUUGUAUUCUUCACAGCUAACUGCAAUAGCUAAAUUUUGGGUUCGACGCUUCCACGACAUAUGGGACUCAUGCUCUCACAAGAAAGCCGUGGCUUCAGCCAUUGUUUUUCUGGUUUUGAACCUAUCCUCAACUGUUGCACGCAUUUGGGAAGUGUUCAUGCUGUACGUGGCUUUCCGAUGUUAUCAGCAGUCUGGAAUGAGAUAUGAUUGGGUGGAAGAUGAGGCAGGAGGUGAGGAAACUUCAUGACAAGGAUCUAGAGGAUCAAGCCAAUUCAGAUAUGGCGUAGUACAUAUAUAUAAAGGCACAUUCAUGGCCAAAUCGUUAACUGUUUCAAGGGGAAAAAGAAAAGAGACGGAAAAAAAAAAAAAAAAACACAUCAAUUUUUCUUGCUACUUACAUUUAAGAAUAACAAAAAAGGAACCCUUGUUGCAUUUAGUGUGAAGAUUACAGUGUAAAAAUUAGUUGAGAGAGAUGAUGAAGUACUGGCUUUCAAAAUCAUAUGUUGUUGGUAAGAGAUCAUAAAUGCUUUGAGGUUUUUUUUGUGUAUUAUGUAAGAUUAUGGUGUAACAUGCACCACCUUAAUCCAUUAAAUCUAUCAUGAGCUUGUGUUAAUAAUUCA